UUAUUUAAACUCUCUCACAGUCCUUAGUGGAUGUUUUUUCAGUGUGAGGAUUUAACUACAGAUGCUACUUGAUUCUAAUGAGCACUGUAUGAACAAAUACUGGAAUAAUCAAUUGAAAUUUCAUUCUCAGCUUUUCAAAGUGGAAAAGGAGAAGAAUAUAGAAUCAUAAAGUUUGAGGACUGAGAAAAAGCUAUCCAAUCUACCUCAGAGGUCAUUGAAGAUUUCCAUUGAUUGGAAGAAUUGACUUUUUUCCUCAAAUAAGUCAUCUUAAAAUCUCUGUGUAGCCUCCCUCCUGCUGCCAAUCCUAAAGAAGGAUCAAGUUCCUUGGACGUUCAGCGUGAGAGAGACCUGAAGAGUAAAAAAGAACCUGGUGCCAGACCCUACGUGGUCCUUUAAACAGGAAUAAUGGGCUGUGAUCGGAACUGUGGGCUCAUCACAGGUGCUGUCAUAGGUGGAGUACUGGCUGUACUGGGAGGCAUACUGAUGCCUGUUGGAGACAUGAUUAUUCAUAACACAAUUAAAAAGCAAUGUGUGAUUGAAGAAGGUACAAUUGCUUAUAAAAAUUGGGUUAAAACAGGCACCGACGUUUACAGACAGUUUUGGAUAUUUGAUGUGCAAAAUCCGGAGGAGGUGAUGGUCAAUAGCAGCAACAUUAAGGUUAAGCAAAGAGGCCCUUAUACAUACAGAGUCCGCUAUCUGGCCAAGGAAAAUCUAACUCAGAAUUCAGACAACACAAUUUCUUUUGUGCAGCCCAAUGGUGCCAUCUUUGAACGUGGACUGUCAGUUGGGUCAGAAGAUGACAGUUUUACUGUCCUCAAUCUUGCUGUUGCAGCUGCACCCAUUUUGUAUCCAAACUCCUUUGUCCAGAUGGUAUUAAACACAUUUAUCAAGAAGUCACAAUCUUCUAUGUUCCAAGUCAGAACCUUGAAAGAACUGUUGUGGGGCUAUACAGAUCCGUUCCUAAGUUUGGUUCCCUACCCCAUUGAUACCACAGUUGGUGUAUUCUACCCCUACAACAACACAGCAGACGGAGUUUACAAAGUUUUCAAUGGAAAAGAUGACAUAAGCAAAGUUGCAAUAAUUGAUACUUAUAAAGAUAAAAAGAAUCUCUCAUAUUGGCCGGGUUACUGUGACAUGAUCAAUGGCACAGAUGCAGCCUCAUUUCCUCCUUUUGUGGAGAAGUCCAGGAUAUUGAGGUUCUUUUCCUCUGAUAUUUGCAGGUCAAUCUAUGCUGAAUUUGAAAAUGAGGUCAAUUUGAAAGGGAUCCCAGUCUACCGAUUUGUCCUUCCAUCUAAGGCAUUUGCAUCUCCUGUUGUAAAUCCAGAUAAUGAGUGCUUUUGCACCGAAAAAAUUAUCUCAAAGAACUGCACAUCAGCUGGUGUUCUGGACAUUAGCAGCUGCAAAGCCAAAAAGCCAGUGUACAUUUCACUUCCUCACUUUCUAUAUUCAAGCCCUGAUGUGCCAGAAGCUAUAGAGGGGUUAAAUCCAAAUGAAGAGGAGCACCGGACAUACCUGGAUGUUGAACCUAUCACUGGAUUUACUUUGGCAUUUGCAAAACGACUGCAGGUUAACAUGCUCGUUAAACCAGUAAAAAAAAUUGAAACUUUAAGUAAACUGCAACGGAACUACAUUGUCCCAGUUCUUUGGCUUAAUGAGACUGGUACCAUUGGUGACGAGAAAGCAGAAAUGUUCAGAAAACAAGUAACUGGCAAAAUAAGUCUCUUGGGUCUGGUAGAAAUGGUUUUACUCACUGUUGGUCUCGUGACCUUUGUUGCAUCCAUGAUUGCAUAUUGUGUAUGCAGGUCAAAGAAAAUAAAAUAAGUAACAAGAGACACUUUGGAUACAGAAAAUAGUUGUGUCAUGAUCAGGAUCUUCGGUAACAUUGGCUCAAGUAAUCCAGAUUUAACAUAGUUUGUAUACACAGACUAUGCGUAAGGAGAAGCUGAGACAAUUGGUCUUAAAGCUAACCAGCAAUUUUUUUUUCUGAAGGACUAUUAUUAGGUUGCCAUUACAUUAAAUAAAAUUCCAUACCCCCCGUCAUAUCUUUUAAAUUGCAUCAUGAUUAAUUUGGUUGCAAAAUCUAUAGAAUGCAAUUAUACAUGGGUAAUUGCUCCUAUCUGUAGUACUGUUAGGUGAGAGAUUCAGUACAAAAGCUAAAGUUUUCACAGGCCACAAGAACUGAGAUUCCCAAUGUUCCAUUUUAAAAGAGCUAUCACCAACCCUGUUCUCUAUAGUCGGUGACAAUAAGUCAACUUUUUUUUUCUUUCUCAAAAGCUGUCAGUCGAACACUUCAUGGAAGCAACUUGAAAGACCAAUGGGAAAUAUAUGAAUAUUGGUGCCACUCUUUCUACCUUAGCCCAUUCAAAGGCAUCAACCACUUUUUACUCAAGUGUAAGCCCUGUUCUUCUUAUCCCUGUGCUCAUGAAAAUGAAAACCAUUCAAUCACUGUCUUUUCAUUUUCAUGAAUAUGGGCUUGCAUAUUUUCCCUAAGCUAUAAGUUGUUUAGGAAACUUAUGAGUAUAGUCCUUCAUUUUUCCAUUUAUCUGAGGCUUAAGAUUGGUUAUUGCAGAAUGCUGCGAUGUCAUCAGAGAUAUGAAUCAUGAGUGUUGUUUUCAUGGACUAUAAUCAAUGAUCGAAUGUGUAGAUUAAUAAAGGUAUUUGUGACAUUAGAACUGAGGAUUGCAUAGUAACUCCCAAAAGGACUGAUUUAAAACUCAAAUUAUUUUGAUAAGUCUCUUUUAUAUUAUUGUACUCCUCUAUUCCUUCAUUUUCAUGUAGUGUAUACUUUUCCUUUUGUUCUACCAGCAUAUGAAUAUUUUAAAGUUUCCUUUCUUCAUCUAGGUUCUAUUUAAGUUUUGCUGACAUUUAAUCAACAGUGUCUGAUUACCCUUCAACUUCAUUUGUUUUUUUUUUUUUUCUGAAGAAUUGGGGAAGAAAAGGCAGAAACACUGUGCGUUCCUUCUCUGGUUCACUUUUUAAAAAAAUAGAAGUGGAGGUACUCUGAGUAGAGUUUCUCCAUCCCCCACAUUGGUAAAUGCAAUUAAUGACUCCCUCCCUUCCCCCUCCGCCAUGGUUAUUGAUGACAGCAGUGUAUGGUAGAAGUUCACUUUCCUUGGAAAGAAGAGUAUACCUCAUGUUUGUAGUUUAGAAAAAAGAAGCAAAAUAAUUAUGUAUUUUUAUACCAAGUACAUAACCAAGAAGCAGAACAUUACUCAUUUUUCAUAUUAAAAUUGGUAACAGAUUAGGAUCUCAAUAAGUACCAUGGCACAUCUGGGAGCGGGGCGGGGGGGGGUGGUGGUGGGAAUCUCCUUGAAGAAUUCAGAGAUUUAGCAAAAUUAAUUAAUUGGAGAGAUAGAUGCAUAACAGUGUAUUAAAUAAUUAUUAGUUUAUUAUGAGGUAUAGAAUCUAUUUUCAGAUAUUAACCAAUCAGCAAGAUAACCAAAAGCAUUAACUUAGAAGAUAACAUAUAUUCAUCUGACCCUCAAGAAAUCUAAUUUAAUUAACAAAAAAUUUAGAUGUGCUUCCUGCAAUGGAAGUAUUUUGUAUUUUAUAUUUAUCUAGAAGACAAAACAAAAACAAACAAAUAAACCACAACAUGUCUUUAUGUUCUAGGAAGACCAAGUACUUCAAGGACUAGGCUAAUAUAGUUUUGGGACAGGAAAUAUAUAAUCUACCUCCAGUCCCCAAUCCCUAAGUAAAUUGUACUUCCCAAAGCAAAUCUAGACCUGCAUUCACCUGGGUUAUGCUGCUAGAACCUAAUGACAUUCAUAAUGGAUGCUGGCCCUGAUUCAAGCACUGAGAAAUCAGUGAGAUGAGAUUGGGCGUGUUCUUUUCCCCUGUGCAUUAAUUGUUUAAAUGUAGCCUUAAUUUUAUGGCACUCCUCUUAUAUUCUAGACAUUACAUUUCAAUUUUUAAAAUUCUCCAUAUGACUGUCAAAGACUGAAAAUUCUCAUGCAAGAUGUCUGUAAUGAAAACAUUUCGUAGUGAACUGAACAUUUUCACCUUUGAAAAGACAAUAUAAAACAGACAAGAUUAUGUUUUUCAUAUGAAAAAAAUGAUGGGUGAAUUUUUGAUAGUUUUAUUUCUUGUGUAUUUGUGCAAAAAAAUAGUGGCUUUUUUCAAAUGAAUGGCUAGUUUUCAAUGGGGUUAAAUGUUUGAUGAUUUGUAAUUGUAUGUGGGUGAAAUGCAUGAUUCUUUAAAAAUGUAAAACUAUACAUAAUGACAGAAAAGCACUUUUCAUCCUUAAUCUUAAUUACGAAAAAUCAUGAAAAUCCUUGAAAACUGGUUUUUGUGCAUAAAAUUUGCCAUUUGAAAAACGUCUAGUUUUUGUAGACAAAAUAAAUGCUUCUUGUUGUUAAUAUGUGAACUGAGAAACCAAAAAAAAAAAGGUAUUGUACUUGGAUUCUCAGGAAAAAAUGUAUAUUAUAUAUAUAUAUAUAAAAUAUAUAUAUUUAGCACUGCUUGUAAAAGCAACAGAUGUAGUUAUAUACAACCUGUUUCUAUACUGAAAUCUAACUUUGUGAAAUGGCUGAAUGCUUGCUUAAAAGGUGUGUAUGUGUGCAACAAUGUCUCAAUUUUUUUCUGUAUUUUUUGUUACCCAUGAUAAAUAACUGAGCUAUACACAAAGCACUGUCCUUCCUCUUGGAGUUUAAUUUGGAGGAUAUGAUGACCCAAUUUUCUAUUUGAAGUCACCCACAACAGGGGUAGAGUUGUAAACACUCUUUUUUUCUCUCCCCAAAAAGCCAAGGAAAUCUUGGAUAUUUGGUGUCAUCCUGACUGCAUUCUGGAUACUUUUGUAAUUCUUAUCUCCUUACAUAUCCCUUCCCCCAUAGGUACCCUACUUAUUUGUUUUGCAGGGUAACUGGAUUAAUCAUUUCCAAAUGAAUUAAUUUAUAUUGAAGAUACAGAACAUUCUGCCUUUCAUCUUCACGGCCCAAAAAUAGCACCAUUUUGAAAUGUGUGUGAAAAUAAAUAAGCUUCUACUAGGAAAA